GCUUGAGAAACCAAAACAAAAUAAUGCUGAGUUAGCCCAGGUCCAGGACACGGAAUGCGAUCAGUUUAAUUGUUUAUCUAGAAUUCUAGUUAUAGAUUUACCUACAUCUUGAAAGAUCUAGAUCUAUUACACUAAGCAGAUUGUAAACAGAGACCUGAGCCAAUCGUUACCACAGGGGUUGCUUUGUGACUAGAUCAUGGGUGUCCAUGGACUGUGGCAGUUGCUACAUGCAGCUGGUCAACCAGUUUCAUUAGAGUCUUUGGAGGGGAAAGUACUAGCAGUUGAUGUGAGUAUAUGGCUGCACCAGACAAUGAAAGGGAUGCGAGACAAAGAUGGCAAUCCAUUACCUAAUGCCCAUUUGCAGGGUUUAUUUUCCAGGGUUUGCAAGCUUCUCUUUUAUUCUAUAAAGCCAGUGUUUGUGUUUGAUGGAGGUGUGCCAUUAUUGAAAAAACAAACCAUGGCUGCAAGAAGAGAAAGAAAAGCUGAGGCAGUGAGAGAAAGUAAUGACAUUGCACACAAACUCCUUCGCAAUCUGGUACAGAGCAAUGCUGUUAAGCAAGCAUUGAGUGUCUCUGGCAAACCUCCCCGACCUGUUCCAGGGGUACAGAGAAGAAAUCAGGAAAAAGAUAUAUUUGAGCUGGCGCCACUGCCAGAAACGGAAGAAAUUGGUUUGUCUUUAAAUGCUGAAGAAUGGGAGCGAGACUUUGAGCUACAAGAAAAAUGCAUCAAGGAGGGCUUGGCAUCUUUGUCUGAAGCUCACCCAGAGUCAGAAGAGUUCAAGUCUCUCCCUAUGGAGAUACAGCAUGAGAUUCUCCAUGAAUGGAAAGAGAGGAACAAGUACCACAGCCUAAGUUCACUAACUAAGAUGCCUGAAGAUUCAGACAGUUUCUCAUCUUACCAGUUGAAGAAGCUGAUGAAACAGAGCAAGCUUUCCAGUCGCAUAGAAGAGGUCCGCAAAGAGAUGUCCUCUAAGACCGCCACAAACCUCACCUACUCUCUAGGGGACGACUACUACGGGGACGAAGUAGAGUCAAGAAGAAUAGUGUCAGAAGAUGCUGCCCACUAUGUCCUCAUCAAAGGACUGACAAAAAGAAAACAGGAAGAAGAAGCAGAAAAGUAUGAGCUCCAGAGUCGGGUCAAACUUGAGAAGGUCGAGGAAGAAGAGGAGGUCAAGGCUGUUGUGGACAGUUGUAAAACUAGCAAGACUUCUCCCCCUGUAAAUUAUGAAGAGCCAGAAGUCAUGUCCACCUCGUCAGAUUCUGACAGUGGCAUAGAAACGUUUGUUAACCAAAGAAAAAACUGGUCAGUUGGUAAAAAACGAAAAAGCAAGAUCUCAAGACCAACAAAUAAAAAAGGGAAAGAUUCUCACACUGAAUUCUCUAAGGUCAACUCUUUAAAAGAACACAGUACAACUGAUGACAAUGUAAAUAGAUCAUUGCAGGAAUUGAAAAAUGAAGAUUCCAGUUCUGAAGGUGAAUUCAUUGAAGUGACAAUCAACCCAAAUGCUACAGUGGAGGAAGAUGAUCUCUUUCCAGCCAGUAUUUUUCAGUUGUCCAAUCAGCCCAAUGAUGGUGAAAAAGAUGCAUGCAAUGUUGAGAAAAUUUUUACACCUGCAUCUAGUUUUGCUGCGGAUACUAGCGUAGAGAGGGAAAAUGCUGAUCAGUGUGGAGAUGGAAUGGAUCCUGGCAUAACUAAUGUUGGCUUGAUAAAAGAUGUCCCUGGAUACAAUGAAGACAUAAUAGCCAAGAGAAAGAGUAUUUUAGAUGACAUUCGAAAUGAGUUGGCAAGAAAGAAAGAAAGUGUUGAAGCUACUUGUGGUGAUGUUGAUGCCAAUAUUGAUGAAGAUACUGUCAUCGCAGUUACCAAAAUAAAUGCAAAUGAGGUUGUUGCUGAUUUGGACUACAGCACAAGUGGGGGAUUUCUUCAUGAGGAAUCAAGUGAGGAAGAAAAUGCUGGAAUCAGCAGUAAUAUAAACAAUGUUGGUAAUGCAGAAUACGAUGCUAAUUCUACUAGUACAUUUGAUGUGAUGAGAAGUCCAGAACAUGCACUGACUUAUUCCCCUAAGAUCUUGAAAAAUCCUGCAAAUAUAAGUAUUUCUAAAUCUUCUGAUUCUGAUGAUGAUUUGAAACUUGCUAUUGAGCUAUCUUUGCAGACAGCCAAACAGGAAAAGAAGUCUGCUGUUGAGGAUAAAGUCCCAAGCUCUAAUGUUAGUGAAGAGGAAAGUUCUGAUGACGACACUUCAGUUGCUAUAAACAAUGAACAAGAGACACCAAUGGAAGACACUUACAAUCAGAACUCUGACUCCACACCACCCAUUAGUUUCACAACACCCAUUAGUCCUACAAAAAAAAUGACAGCUGAGUCUGUGUCACCAAGUAAAGGUCUCAUCAGACCUCAACCUGAAGAUUUUGAUGAGGCAGAUAUUAGGGGGGAUAGCUUUCACAAUUUAAAUGAGGAAGAUCUAAUGGAUAUUAACAGUUAUUUGGCAAGCGAACGAGAGACUCUAGUCUCAGAACAAGGUAAACAGAACAGAUUUGCAACUUCUGUGACUGAUCAGAUUAACCAAGAGGCACAGGAACUCUUGAAACUUUUUGGAAUCCCUUAUAUAGUCAGCCCAAUGGAAGCUGAAGCUCAGUGUGCCUUCUUGGAUAUCACUGGCCAAACUCAUGGCACUAUCACUGAUGACAGUGACAUUUGGCUGUUUGGAGGUCGCAGGAUGUACAAAAACUUCUUCAAUCAAAGUAAAUAUGUGGAGAUGUACAGUCUUGAUAACAUACGCAACCAUUUUGGUCUUAGUAGAGAACAGUUAAUCAACAUUGCUUUGCUGUGUGGCAGUGACUACACUGAGGGACUUCAAGGCGUGGGCCCAGUUAGAGCUUUGGAAAUAAUGGCUGAAUUUCCUGGAGAUGGAAUUGAAGGCUUGCUUUUGUUCAGGAAAUGGUGGGACAAGGCGAAAAAAAAAAUGACUGCUAGCUCAGAAAGUAAACUCAGAGCUCGUCUAAAAGAUUUAAAACUUGUUCCUGGUUUCCCAAGUGAAGCUGUUGUCAAUGCCUACUUAAACCCAGAAGUGGAUGAGUCAAGGGAAAAGUUCACCUGGCGCUUGCCUGAACUUGAUUUAUUAAGAGAAUUUGCUAAGAUAAAGUUUGGCUGGAAUAGAGAAAAGACAGAUCAGUCUCUACUGCCAAUGAUGAAACAACUAAAUCAAAAAGAACAUCAGAAGAGAAUUUCCUCUUACUUCCAACCAGAAAGUUUUAUAAAGACUUCCAAAAUUAAGAGUGAAAGAUUGAAGAAAGCCUUAGAUUUAGUCAACAAUCCACUACUUGAGAAUGAGAGCAGCUCUGAAAGUGACGCAAGCCAGAAUGGAGAAGUGGUUGAAAAGAAAAGAAGAGCUGAGUAUGAGGGUCAGGGGAAAACUCUUGAGGUGAAGUCAAAGAAGAAAUCUGCAAACUUAUCAGAAUGUACAGCAGAUAAAUCUGGCUACAAAACACUUCAGGCCAAGACAAAGGGAAGUAAAAAGGCAGGACAAAAAACAAAACCAACAAACAAAAACAAAUCCAAAGAAACCAAAACUACAAGAAGUAAGAAAUUAACUCAGGAAUCAAAUCUUCAAAUACCUGAAACAAGUUUAUCAGUGGAAUCAGCUUGUGACAUUGCAGAUGAUUUCAUGACAAAUAUGGCUCAAAAAGUUCUGGAAGCAAAUAAAGAGCUGACAAAAGAGAUUAAGCCAAAAACAUUAGCUGUUGAAUGUGUCCAGGAUGUCAACUCUGGACCACCUAAACAUAAAAUGCUAGUUUCUUUAGACAGAAUAAAGCCGCACAGAGGCAGGGGAGGAAUGGGAUUUAGUAAACGCGCAAAAGUGAAAACAGGUGUGGUGAACUUGUCUGAAAGUAGCAGUGAAAGUGAAAAAGAUGAUACAUCUAAACUUACUGAGUCUGAAAUGAAAAGUAAAAAACGAAACUUCAAGGGAAAUAAUUUAAAUGUAAGUCCAAGUUCCAAGAAGACCAACAAUUUAUCAGCUAAUAAAGUUAACAAGAUUGUACCAACAUCUGGAAAAGUUCCAAGCUUGAAUCAAAGGCAGAAUUUGUUAAAAUCUUCCAGUACAACUAAAGAUGGUGCAGAAAAGGAGACACUGCCAAGUUCAAAUGACCGUAGUUCUAGCAUUUCUUCCAGGCCUGCUGCCCUAGCUGGGUCUCUGUUGAAUGUUGAUACCCCUGAGGGUGAUAUUCGUAGUGCUGAUGUCUCCAUCAUCAACAAAAAGAAUUUGCCAGAGACACUGGCAUUCCUCAACCAAAGAAGCAAAGAGGAAAAGUUAAUUCUGCAACAACUGAAAGGAGGUCACAGUCUAAACUCUGUGGAGAGGAGACUAGAGGCUGAUGAAAAAAGGCCUAAAUUUUCAUCCCUCCUUAGUGCUGCACCUCUAAAGCCCAACCCACAAAAGACCUCUUUUGAGGAUUUACUUGCGGGCAUGGAUAAUGUUGCUAAAACAGAUGUCCAAAAACGUUCCAACAGAAAGGUGUCUGAAACAGGAACAAAUCUGAGAGGUAAUGACAUAAAAAAUAAAAGAACAGAGAAUGAUGCCAACUAUUCAGCUGACUUUGUUGUCAACAAAACGAAAAGCACUUCAAGUGCAUCCAAAAAGCUAUCUAAAAACAUUGGAUUUGGCUCUAGCGAUGAAAGUUUUGACAUGGAUACUAGCCUUGAUUUAUUAUCAGCAAUGCCAUCUGAACGUAGUUUCAAAACAAAAAAGGCUUUACGUUUUGACCAACCCAUUGGGGGAUCAGAUGAAGAAGACACGGGCACUAAAACUGCAGGCAAAAAGAAUAAAUUUAGGCAACAGAUGAAACAUUUGAAUGACUCCAGAUCAAUCAGGGGUCAUGGAGUCCUGCCCUACUCUGGAAAAAAUGAUCAGGUUAGGGGCAGGAGUUUUGCUGGGAAAGGCAAAGGUCGUGGUAAGAACAGACAAAAGAUGAGUCCUUAUAAUACCAUUGAGGAUGAGAUAAUGUUUGAGGAGAAGGUCAGGGAAUCAUUCGGUUAUGAGGCAUUGACCGAGGCUGACCUUGGAAGUGACUUCAGUGAUUGUGAUUAGUUGAUUCUCAUUGACAUUUUGUGAAAUGUAUUUCCAUUCAUCUAAGUUGCAGGAGGAAAGUUUGACAAAUUUAAGUCAUUAAUAAUUGUGAACAAAAUAAUGUGUGCAAGUAUUUGAAUUAUUUGUGAAAUUAAACUAUAAUCUUUCAUUUGAGAUUUGCCAUUAAUGAAAUAAGUUGAAUAAUAAAUUAGGCAUUUUAACAGAACCACAACAUUCCUGUAAUCCUUGAUCACAAAAACAAAUAAUUCUGUAACUUUAUGUCCCCAAAAUGUGUAAGAGAAACCUUUAUUACAGAGCUUAUAGAUUAACUCACUUCUUCUGCCUGGUACACAUUUUGUACACUUUUUUUUCUCCCACUUCUCAUUCUCAGAUCAGGUUGAAAUUUUGCAUAUUUAUUCAUUGCCCAUGGCUAUACAUGAAUCAAUUUUUAAAAAAAUUUACUUUAUCAAUUAGUGGUAAUUGAUCAAUAUCGUUUUAUGUGGGAAAAGGGAGUUAAUCCUUGCACUAUUAAAAGAUGUGGCAGUGAAUUUGCGGAUCUUCCCCUUAGAUAAGCUUUGUUUUUGUUUUUUUAUGUAUUUUUGAAUAUUUUGCAUGUUUUUAAUAUUUUUCUUAUACACUUCAUCAUUCUAUGAAUGUAUCAUUAUAUGAUAAUGUGGUGAUGUGUUUAGCUCCUAGCCAGGUGUCUUAAGUUUGAAUCUAUGUCAAGUGAACAAGGACUUAUAGAGUACUCAUGAAAUAAUUGAGACAAUGAAGUCAGUUGGACACUCUGGUGGCUACAUGAAACCUUUGUUAACAGCCACAAGAAGAGCUGAACUCUUUAUAUUCUGCUCCAUAGACCCCAAGUACAGUUGCAAAGAAAAAUAACUAGAGUUACUUACUCUUAGGUUGAGUUAAGAUGACUGUACUUACUCUUAGAUUGAGCUAAGAUGACUGUACUUACUCUUAGGUUGAGUUAAGAUGACUGUACUUACUCUUAGAUUGAGCUAAGAUGACUGUACUUACUCACUCUUAGAUUGAGCUAAUAUGAUUGUACUUACUUACUCUUAGAUUGAGCUAAGAUAACUGUACUUACUUACUCUUACAUGGAGCUAAGAUGACUGUACUUACUGUUACAUUGAUCUGUUUUCUGCUAGCCAUGCAGUAAAUAUUUGUGAGUCUGAACACAAGUUUCUCCCAACUAAUACAACAUAUGCAAUCUGAAAAGAAAUGACUUGCAAAUGCUUAUGUUACACUUCAUCUUGUUACCCUUGAAAAUAAAUACUGUAGGAUUUGUGA